AGGGGAUAUUGUAGCUGUGUGGGCACGGCGCUUCCGUGGCAAUUCGCAAGUAAAGUACACCGGGUACCUGACACUUAAGCUGUACGGGAGCGGCCGCUCACUCAUUCCGGGAAGAAGUAUACAACAUUGGUCAAGGCUAGUACCCGGGCAGCCCUAAUUCUGAAUUUAUAGGUGCAAAACAUAUGGUUUAUUUUUAGCAAACAUGAGUGAUACUGAAGCUAGUCAGAGUGAAUCGAGCGAUAUUCAAGAGAACACAUCACCAGUCAGGUCACCCGAACCGGACGCAGGUCAUCGGGGUGGAUGGGUUUCAUUGUUGACAAUGUGGACUAGAGGUGUUACUCGAAUGGCGAUACUCAAGGGACUAGGAAUGAUGCUACCGACACUACAAGAUCAGUUUGGGACAACGACGUGGGUCAUUGGUUGGAUGACGUCACUCAUGGUCGGCAUGGGAGGUCUUGUUGCUCCUUUGGCAGGUUUUCUUGGUAGACGAUUUGGAUCAGGAAAUGUUAUCAUGGUAUGCGGUACGAUGAUUGGCAUUGCUUUCAUUGCUGCAUCCUUUGCAUCAAGAGCGACUCAACUGUCGUUUAUUCUAAUACUUUUAGCAGGUUCGUCACUACGAGUGCCUGUAGUGCUUGCUAAAGAGGCUAUUGGCCGAUGCUAUAACAAGAGCCUUGCAAAGGCUACCGGUAUCGCGCGGACGGGUACUUCCAUUGGACUGGUCGUGGCUGCGCCUCUCAUCCAGAUAUCCCUCGACAAGUACGGGUGGAGGGGAACCAUGCUGCUGAUAGGCGGUAUAUCAAUGCAUCUUAUCCCUUGUGGUGCCCUCAUGAGGAAAAUUAGAACAACACCGAGCAACAGUUAUCGGGAACUUCCACAGAACGAGCCAGUCUCGGAAGAUAUAUCUUCUCCCUCCACAUGUGCCUCAUUUUGGAUGACAGUCCCCCAAAACUUUGAUUUGUCCCUGCUUCGAAGUUUUCAGUAUUGGUCAAUAGCUAUCGUAUACGUUUGUUUCAGUUUUGCUUACGACAUGUGGCUGAUCUAUUUUGUGUCACAAGCCCAAUCAAAGGGGUUUUCCUUAGAGGACGCAGCAGUUUUCGUCACCGUAGCGGGCGUGGGGAACCUGCUAGCCAAACUGUUGCAGGGCUUCAUCAUAGACGCAGGGAUACUACCCUGCUGGAGCCUAAUGGUCAUGUGCAGUAUCGUUACCUCGUUUGCGUUCUUUGUAACGCCUUGGCUGGCAGGGUAUUGGACAAUGAUGUUGACGGCAUCGCUGGUGGUCAUUUGCGAUGGUCUCCUGUCCUGUCUGCAUGAUAUCCUCACCAAGCAGGUACUUGGAGUAGAGUUACUGGCUGAUGCCUAUGGAUGGAUGGAAAUCAAAGCUACUGUGAUGAGGUUCACCUUAGGCUUCAUUCCUGGUUGGAUUUACGACACAUCUGGAAGUUACAACGCUGCAUUCGUUUUCUUAGGCUGUGUGCAGGUUGCCCCUGUGAUCCCGCUGGUUGCUCUCAAAUACUUCCGAUGCGUCAAAUGAGUGCUUCAGCUGUUCCGUAUGACUUUCCGUCAUACUCCAAGAUACUUUCGUCCUAACUGACAUGGUCAUCAACCUUAUUGUACGUAUGUAAAGUGGUUGUUAGCCAGUUAUUAACCAGCCUUAUAAGGAUUUGAAAGCCUCUUGAGUUUAUGGAAAACAAUUUUUGAUAGACCGUUGGCCAUGUAAUGUCAUGCUGACAGGCAACUGCAAGGAGACUUUUGCAUGCCGAUUGGUCAUGUAUAUUUGUUCUUGUGCACUCAUAACAUGUAUGUCUAAACGUAAUCUUAUUUAAUCUCAUGAUUGGCAUAGAUUGGCACGUUAUUAGAUUACAAUAGUGUAUUGGAGGGUAAUGUUAAACCUAGAAAAACAAUCCGAGCUUUUUUUUUAAUAUAUAUACUGAGCAGUGUUGAGGGCAUGGUAUAGAUUUAGAGUUCAAUAGGGUUAGCUGGUUGUAGAGUGCGGUAUUAUCAACAUUAUUAAAAUAGAAUUGUAUUCAUUCCAGUCCAAGUAAGGAGACGAAUGGGACACUUCAAGUUUGCAAUGGUAAAUGUUGUGAAAUGUGUGUUUAUUACAAAAACGGCAAAUUAAAAGAGCUACACAUUAUGAGUAUUAAUGACGUUGCAUGUAUUAUUAAAACGGUAGUACUUUGAUGUAAUGGAGUUAGUAGAUGGGAAAGGACAAAGAGUAUAUUACGCAGUUUUCAGUUGAGAGCAAUUGGGUAAAUAUUUUUUUUUUCCCCCUAAGGGGAAACUUAUUUAUUCAGAAGAAACGUUUCUCUUGCGUUUUACAAUAAGUAUAAACAAAUAAUAUAUUAAUCAUUACAUACAAGAGAGAAUGGAUCCCAUUUCGCAUUAAAUUUAGCAAGUUCACCAUUUGUAGUAAAUAUAAUUUUUUCUAAUACAUAGUAUCGUUUUAGCUCAUUCUUAAAUACUAAAAGAGACGGUUUGCUACCAUUCAUCUUCAUUUUGUAAAUGUGGUAACGGCAUAGGAGAAGACAUAAAUUAAGGGCGCUCCAGUUUUUGUUAAGUAUGCCAAAUAAAAUCAUCUCGUUAUCUACAAACACAUUAAUAUUCAAAGUCUCCUUAAUCCAAUCACUAAUUUGAGUCCAGAACGAUAAAGAAAUCUCACAAGUGCAAAAUAAGUGAAUCGGAGUUUCCUUUUCUACAUGACAGAAGGAACACAAGUCGUUC